UGCUCUUAUGCUUCAUUAUUCGGUCUGUCUGCGAUAAAGAGACAGAGAUGAAAAGACAGAAGCAUUCAAGGCAGCCAACAUCCACAGAAGAGCUGUACUUAGUUUCCUAAGAUGAUUGGAACAACCUACCUGCUGAGUUCCUUCUAAAACUCUGUGCAAGUGUACCUAGAAGAAUUGAUGCUGUUUAGCAGAUCUCUCCUUAAUGCUUCCAGUGUAGAUUUUCCCUUGCGGUUUCCCGUCCUCUUCAUCACAUUUGUGAGCUCGGCAGCUAGAAGAGCGCAGUGAACAGUUUCAGGAUGUCCACCACCUCUCAGAAGCACAGGGACUUUGUGGCUGAGCCCAUGGGCGAUAAAUCAGUCACUGCUCUGUCAGGAAUCGGUGAUGUUCUAGGCAAGAAGCUGGCAGAGCAGGGAUUUGACAAAGCGUUUAUAGUGUUGGGUCAGUUCCUUUUGCUGAGGAAGGACAGUGAACUGUUCUCCGAGUGGCUGAAGGACACCAGUGGCGCCAAUUCGAGGCAAGCAGCCUCCUGCACUCAGUGUCUAGCCGAAUGGUGCGACGCUUUUCUCUGAAGCUUGUGGGCUUCCUGUUAUUUUCAGGAAAAUUGUGCUCUGUGGGAACAGUUUUAACUUUUGAACUAAUGUCAUCUAUCAUGAUGUGUUCUGUGGUUAGUUUUUUCUUCAGGUGUGUUGUAAUAUUUGAUACUGUGUUUAAGAACUGACUGGUGAUUCUUUACUUAAAUGUUAAGCUGAAAAAAAUAAAGUUUGGAGAAAGAA